AUGAGCCUCUCCAAGGAGGAUAUCAUCAAUUUCAAAGUCAAGAUUGAGCAAACAUUGGAGGCAUAUUCUGCUGGGGAGGAGCGUCAAUACCAGCCCGACCCCAGCGCCGUGACCCGUCCCAACGGCACGCGAACUCUAUUUCGCCCAUUCACAUCUGACCUAAGUGUCGGCGCAAAGCUCGUCGUCGAGCCUCCAACUCAACCAAACGGCAAAAAGGACCCCUUGCGUGGAAUCCUCAUUCUCCUGGAUGGAUCUGGGAAUCCCACCGGCAUCCUCGGAGCCGAAGAAGUGACCGGUUAUCGGACCUCUAUGAAUGUCAUGAUACCGUUUUCCUGGAGGAAGAACGUGAGCAACAUUGUCAUCUUCGGUGGUGGCAUGCAGGCUUUGUGGCAUACUCGUCUCAUAUUGAGUCUGCGAGGCGAUGAAGUCCAAACCAUCACUUUUGUGAGCCCCAUCAAGGACCAGGUGGAUACAUUGAUCGAAACUAUCUCCGAAGAGAAUGCGACCCACUGGAAGUCAGAUUGUACUUUCCAUUUCAUUCACGCUGGCGAACAGUCACAGCAAGAGAUUGAAACCCGGAUGAGCGACGUUGACUGUGUCUUCUGCACCACUCCAUCCCGACAGCCACUUUUCCCUUCUACCUACCUGACAAAGCGAAAUGGCUCCACCCAUCAGCCAUUCAUCUCGGCGAUCGGCUCUUGGCAGCAAGAUAUGAUCGAACUGGAUCCACCAUUGUUGCAUCAUGCCGUUGUCACCGAGGGCGGGUAUAAUCCUGCCAGUGGCGAAUCAAAAGGGGCCGUAUUGGUCGAUGAUCGAGAAAACGCUUUAAUGAACUCGGGUGAGCUGGUCCAGAGCAAGCUUCCGGCUCACGACGUGGUUGAGAUCGGCCAAAUCCUAGCCAUGAAGAGCGGCAGACAUGCAAACCUUUCCGGGGAACAAAUCGAACAGACCAAUCGGUUUGUUUCAGAGGGGUUCGUCGUCUACAAAAGCAUCGGAGUGAGUCUUACAGACUUGGCGGCCGGUCAAGCUGUGCUAGCGUUGAGGGAGAAGAAGCAAUUUCAUCUGUGA